UCCAUAAAGAAUGUCGUCUGACCCGAGACGCCGUUCUUUAUAAUUCAAUAUCUCGAUUCUUAUCUAGAUUCUAACAUAUUAAAACUAUGAAAAUGCUAGGCUAGUCAUCUCGUGUUUUUUCAUCCAUUUUACCAAAAAAAAGGACAUCAACUUCUGUAAAUAUAUCUCUCUGUACAUAUAACUGUAUAUUAAUCAUAUCUAUCACACUCUCUUCCGAGUCUUCCCCCAUGACCUAUACAUCCUCCCUUACAGCAUGACCACUUACUCGUCGACAUGGACGAUGCCAAUCUCAACAAUAACAUCGACCAACACACCCAGGCCGUUGACCGCUCUGAAAAUGAAAAGGCUGGUCACAAUGCCAUCAUGAGCGACCAGGUCUAUCUAGACCCAAGUCGAUGGUGGUUCGCCUCUGCUGCAUUCCCCAUGAUAGCCGGCACCCUCGGUCCAGUUGCCUCCGCUUUCAGUAUCUGUGCACUGGUCAAGAACUGGAGACAGCAUAUCCUUCCAGGAUCUGAUGUCACCAAAGCCGUCUUCAUCCAAGAUCCAUCGUGGCUCUUGGCCGUUAAUGCCGUCCAGCUAGUAAUCGCUCUAGUCGCAAAUGUAUUCCUCUUGCUAAACAUGACCAAAAGAAUGCGGUUUUCCAUCGCGCAGCCCGUAACCAUCACCGGUUGGUAUAUUUCGGCAAUCUGCCUCUUAGCCUUGUGUUCCACCGCCGGCGGUCCGCUAGAAAUCGAGCCUGAGAUCGAAUACGUCUGGUCUCAGGCCUUCUACUAUGGCAUGUAUGCCGCUAUUCUUUACUUUAUAGUUGCCUCACUCAUGACUGUCACAGUCUGGGGAGCCCAGGCAGGUCAUUAUGGCAAAGAUUUCGAGUUAACCACCAGCCAAAGAACCUUGAUGCUCCAGACCAUCAUGUUUCUCAUGUACUUACUCUUGGGCGCUUUGGCUUUCUCUAAGAUCGAGGGCUGGAACUAUCUUGAUGCUGUAUACUGGGCGGAUGUUACUCUUUUCACUGUAGGAUUUGGCGACAUAUCUCCGCAGACCCGUCUCGGUCGUGGUCUUCUGGUCCCAUAUGCCCUGGUCGGUGUUAUCAGCCUCGGUUUGGUGAUAGGUUCGAUUAGAAGUAUGAUCCUCGAUCGUGGAAAGAAUAGGCUCGAGGCGCGCAUGCUGGAAAAACAGCGCCGUCAGUUAAUUCGACGUAUCACGCAGAAGGGAAACGGCAGUGUUUUUGACCCAAUUGAUGAUGAGGGUGUAGAUACCCCUGAUAUCAAUAGUGCACAAUCAUAUCGGACGGAAUUCGAGCGCCGUCAGAGGGAAUUCCAUCUGAUGCGAAAGAUUCAACGUCAAGCAUCCAAAAAGGAAAGAUGGACCGCCAUGGCUGUAUCCACUACCACUUGGGUAGUAUUAUGGCUCGUGGGUGCCAAAAUCUUCCAGGAAUGCGAAUACCCGUACCAGGGAUGGACCUAUUUUGAUGGCUUUUACUUCGCCUUCACAGCCCUAACGACCGUCGGAUAUGGUGAUCUUACCCCUGUGUCGAACUCGGCCAAAUCCUUUUUCGUCUUCUGGUCUCUGUUAGCCUUGCCUACCAUGACUGUUCUCAUUUCCAACGCGGGAGACACAAUCAUAAAAAGCAUCAAAGAUGGCACGCUACUUCUUGGAAACAUUACGAUUCUUCCAGGCGAGCACGGUUUCAGAAAGUCGACGAAACAAAUUCUAGCAAAAUUUUCAUGUGGCGUGUUAUUUGCAGAUGAUGAAGAAGUUGAAGAAGACCCUCCCGGCUUUCUGGGAGCGGCCCGUAGACGUUUAGAUGGCGACGACGAUGACGACGAAGAUGGACCGAGGAGAGAUGCAGGAAAGACUUCUGACGCCGAUAAUUUAGCAAGCAACUACAGGGCCGACGAAGAUGCUAAAGAGGAAGACGAGCCAGCUUCGUCAAAAAGAAAAUCGACAGGAGGUGGAGGCUCUAAUGCGUCUCCAUCUACACCCAAGUCCCCGGGACGAGCUGCUUCGAUAGCUCGAGAGAGUCUGCCUACAGAAUUACCUAAGACUCGCGCUGAAUACCACCUCGUCCUGAUAGACGAGAUCCAGCGCGUAACUCAACACCUGCGACACUCGCCACCGCGCAAGUACACAUUUAAGGAGUGGGCCUGGUACCUCCGACUCAUCGGCGAAGAUGAAAGCAACGCGGACAAUCAUCGCAGGCCAGAGAAGCGGCCACCACCACAGCACCGCAGCAGUAAUAACAAGAAUAAGAGCAAGAGCAAGAGCGCCAAGCUCAACAUCUGCACCACUGGAAACGACAGUGAUACAUGCGGACGCGACAGCGGCAACGACGAUGAAAAUAACAACAACAGCGCCGAAAUAAGCAGCAGCCACAGCAGCACCACCACCGCCGCCGCCCAAGCACCCACAGCGUCAGCCGAGAAGGGGGACAAGUCCAACAACAACAACAACAACCUUCUCACCCCCAGUACCACCCCCAGCACCACCAUCACCAAAUGGAGCUGGGUCGGCCACCGCAGCCCCCUCAUGGACACGCGCGAAGAAGCAGAGUGGAUCCUGGACAAGCUCGAGCAGCGGCUGGCCGAGGAGCUGCGGGCGCUCGUGGAGGAUAAGUCGGGCCGCGGGGCGCUGCGCCAGGUCAAUGAGGAGGAGCGCCAGAAUGAGCACUGCGCAGAUCCGCCGGGGGGUAGGUUGCUUGGGAAGGGGUAGGUAGAUUCGUCAUCGUCGUCGUCGUCGUCGUUGCUGUACCUAGUGUAGAGUAGUGCAGUGUAGUGCCUAAUGAUGAGAAUACCAAUAUUAAUAUUUUCAAUGUCCAUCUACCUAUUAUAGUCAUGAUGGUGAUGGUGAUGGUGAUGAUAAAAAGUUUACAGUUGUAGAUAUUCACGUAUGUAGC